AUGAUCACCAAAAUCCUGAACGGGUGGCGUAUCUCCUUCUUCUUCAACCUGAUGACCUUCAUCGUGCAGCAGCUGGGGCUGUACUACAUCCUCUUCGAGUAUAACAAGUUCAUCCUCCUGCUCGGCACCUUCGACAUAUACAUUUUCAUCCACUUCUGCUUCAACAACUCCCAAUCCUUUGCGGCUGUGAAGGGAGGCAACUGCUGGAUCCUCUACGUCUACUCCAUCUCCUUCAAAGUCAUUUUUAUGUACUUUUUCGCCUUCAACGAAAAUGCCUAUUCGGAAGAAACAAACACAGAUUAUUAUAACAAGUGCGUCAUCUUUGCUCUCCUCAGUUUGAGCACGCUCAUAUACACGGCUCUGUCUGUGAAGUCCUACAAGCAACUCUACCCAGAUGAAAUGACCAUAACGAAUGAACAUAUUUUCCACAACAAUUUAAUCCUCCACGUUGUUAUAGACCUCUUUGACAUUUUCGAGUUGCUCUUCACUCUGGUCAAGCUUUCGUACAUUGUUAAAAACACCAAUUUUUGGAUUAAAAUAAUUGGAGGGGUCUUAAUUUCGUUCUCCCUCUACUUGAAUGCCUAUUCCUUUCCGAUUAUUUCCCUCGUGACAGAAAAAAGCAGAAAAAAUUUAGACCUCGGGGAUAUUUACUUUUGCAAAAAGCAUGCUGCUGUGGUUGGGAUCAUUCUGGUAGACAUUCCUUUUAUGAUUUUACGCUUUUACUUCCUCGCCUCCUACGUUUCGAAUGUGCAUUUCCAACCCCUUUUAAUUAAGAACGUGUGCUUCAUCCCGAUCAAGUGCCUUACUAUAAAGCACUGCAAUUUGAUUUUCGAGAGGCUACGUCGAAAUAUAGACCACACGGAUAGUGGCGGUCGAGUGGGACAUACAGUGGCAAUCACCAAACAUACGAACAGUAAUAACAACACCAGCAAGUCGGACGAUGGCACUCUCAUUCCGUAUGGUUCCCCUGGUGGGAAUAAGCCUAACUUGUUGAAUCGCCCCUCGGGGGGGGUUCUGAAGAAAAGAUCCAUUGUUUCGUUGAGCACCGUGGGGUGCAACAACUCCUUGGAUAUCAGAUCAGUGCAGUCGAUCAGGAACGAGGUGGACACAUUGGCGGGGCAGAUUCACCCUUCGAGGAAUAAGAAAGUCACUACCGUUGCUGAUGCCAAGCAGGACGGUGAACAGAUCAGCGGGAGUGGCCAUGCUUCAAUCUACCCAAACCUGUGUGAAUAUUUUGAGCACCUGGUGGAAAAUCAAGUGGCCACUUUCCGCAAAUUAAACGUGAGGAAGAACAAAAUCGGGAAGAAGUUUACCAUGAACAAACUAAUGUAUACGAAUGUAUCGAACAAUGAAAGGUACCACUGCUACUUGGACGACAGUCUCAAGGUCUCCUACCUGAACCAGAUUCGUCUGAUCAUCCCUUAUAUAACGUACUGCCUGGGAAAAAUAGCAACAUCAAUAGUAAUAUACUUCUUCUACACAAAGAUAGAUAUCCACGGGUUGAAAAUAAUUCUUACACAGUCAGACAUGUAUUACAAACUGUUCGAACAUAAUCACAUCAUGUUUAUUGUAUCCUUUUUAAUAAUCCUUGGCAACUCAGUCAUAUCAUUCUUGUGUUCUGUGUUUCUAUCGAGCAUACUGGAGGUCCUAUUUUUUACCCUUUUCAUAUUCGUAAAAUGCACCUCUGACUUUCUCUUCCUCCUCCUGCUCGUCUAUAACAACAUUUUUGAAAUUUUCCUUAGGAACCUGAACAAAUCAGAGAAGUACGCUCCUUACUUUUAUCUCCUCUUUGCAGUGAUUCCCUCCUUCAAGAUCAUUAGGAAUAUAUACGUCUUUUUGUGUUCCUUGUCUGGGCGUCAAUUCAUCGGCUACAUCAUUCGCCCGUUCAUGAACGAGACCAGCAAGAGUAAGCUGCCCCCUUUUUUGAGCAUAAACGGUGGUGCCGCAGCGAUCACCGGGGUGGGAGCAGAAGUAAUGAGCGGAUUGAAUAAUAGUUUGCUUACAGAAGUAACUGACGGAGUGGGAUCUUCUCCCCCUAGUCGGGCUCUCCAAAGAGACGAACUGAACCUGUUCAAUAGUGAAGAUUCUAGCAACAGGAAUAAUUUCAAAGGAGACUACAAGGGAUUCAUAUCGAUUGCGUCUCUUCUAAUCUACAUAAACACAAAACACAUGCACGGACUAUCCUCCCUGUCGACGCUAAUGAUAGGAAAUAACUUCAUUAAGAAUCUCAGGCUCAACUACAAUUUAAAGAACAACCAUCUGCUCCUCAUCGUUUUAACUCUUCUGACCCGCUUCCUUUUGCUCCUCUUCAUCUGCAUGCACCACAGAGCGAAAAUUUGGACAGAUGAGUGUAUCCGUAUGUUUUACUGUGGAGUCGCUUUUAUAUUUAUGCUGGAUUUACUUUUUAAAAUUUGCUACCUUAUCGUUUCUCACAAUAUUAGGGUUUGCGCUGCGUAUAAUUUGCACCUCAAAUCCAUGUAUGAAGACGUCUACUACAGCGCCAAGGCGAAAAGCGACGUGCAGAAGAACCACCUCAGGGACCUCCACAGCAAGUACCAGAUGAACCACUUCUACGUCCGCACCGUGCCGCUCUUUUCGGAGCUCUUCUAG